AUGGCAACUACAGCUUCCACAAACGGCCAUGAGCCGACACGCAUUUCCAUCCUGGGCAAGGAAAGCAUCAUUGUCGACCACGGCAUCUGGCUCGACAUGGUUCCCCACGAUCUGCUUCACAACAUUCCCUCAUCGACUUAUGUCCUCAUCACCGACACCAAUCUCUUCCCGCUCUAUGUCGACAGCUUCUGCACAGCUUUUGAGCAGGUGCGCCCGAGCUCCCAGAAGGCUGCUGGUGCACGCCUAUUGACGUACGCCAUUCCACCCGGCGAGUCCUCGAAAGGACGGGAGACUAAGGCCGAGAUCGAAGACUGGAUGCUGGCCCAAAAAUGCACCCGUGACACAGUUGUCAUCGCCCUUGGUGGCGGCGUCAUUGGUGACAUGAUCGGCUACGUGGCCGCCACGUUCAUGCGCGGUGUCCGCUUCGUUCAGGUGCCCACGACGCUGCUAGCCAUGGUUGAUUCAUCCAUCGGUGGCAAGACGGCCAUUGAUACGCCCCUGGGAAAGAAUCUGAUCGGCGCCUUCUGGCAACCCCAGCGCGUAUAUAUCGAUCUCAACUUCCUCGGCUCGUUGCCAACUCGUGAGUUCAUUAACGGUAUGGCCGAGGUCGUCAAGACGGCUGCUAUUUGGAACGAGGCCGAGUUCACCUACCUCGAGGAGAACGCGGCCCUGGUUAUUCAGACUGUGCGUGGCCGUCCUACCCAGGCGACAUCGGAGCACCUUGUGCCGAUCCGUGGUAUUCUUAAGCGCAUUGUGCUGGCAUCAGCCCGUGUCAAGGCUGAGGUUGUCUCCGCCGACGAAAAGGAGGGCGGCCUGCGCAACCUGCUUAAUUUUGGUCACUCAAUUGGCCAUGCCUAUGAGGCCAUCCUCACGCCUCAGGUCCUCCACGGCGAAGCUGUCGCUAUUGGCAUGGUCAAGGAAGCCGAGCUGGCUCGCUACCUGGGCGUCCUGCGCCCCAGCGCUGUCGCCCGCCUCGUCAAGUGUAUCGCGAGCUACGACCUACCAACUUCCCUGGCUGACAAGCGGAUAGUCGCUCUCACCGCCGGCAAGAAAUGCCCGGUCGAUGUUGUGCUGGAUAAAAUGGCCGUUGAUAAGAAAAACGAUGGCGCCAAUAAGAAGAUUGUUCUUCUCUCAGCAAUUGGCGCAACUUACGAGGCCAAGGCCACCGUUGUUGAUGACCGCGACAUAGGUGUCGUCCUAUCCCCCGCCGUACGUGUCACGCCAGGCGUACCUUCGGAUCUAAAUGUCACCGUCGCCCCUCCAGGCUCAAAGAGCAUUUCUAACCGUGCCUUGGUUCUUGCUGCCCUGGCCAACGGUACUUGCCGUCUGCGUAACCUUCUUCGCUCGGACGACACGGAAUAUAUGCUCUCCGCAAUUCUCCAAUUGAAGGGUGCGACUUACUCAUGGGAGGAAUCUGGCGAGGUGUUGUCCGUACAGGGAAACGGCGGCAACUUCCUUGCCAGCUCUGAACCUCUCUACCUUGGAAACGCAGGCACUGCCUCUCGCUUCCUAACAUCAGUGGUAGCUCUCUGCUCCCCGUCUGCUGUGUCCUCUACCGUCCUUACCGGUAACGACAGAAUGAAAGUCCGCCCAAUUGGUCCUCUAGUCGACGCUCUGCGGAGCAAUGGCGUCAAGGUCAAGUACCUGGGCAAAGAUAAGAGUCUUCCUCUUGAGGUGGACGCUGCCGGUGGUCUGGAGGGCGGCCUAAUUGAGCUGGCUGCCACGGUCUCGUCUCAGUACGUGUCAUCUAUUCUUAUGGCCGCGCCUUACGCAAAGAACCCGGUUGUUCUUCGUCUUGUCGGCGGCAAGCCAAUCUCUCAGCCAUAUAUCGACAUGACAAUCUCCAUGAUGCGGGCUUUUGGGGUGCAUGUGAAGGCUUCUGACAGCGAGCCUAAUACGUACCAUAUUCAAACUGGCGUUUACACCAGUCCAGCCGAGUAUGUGGUGGAGAGUGAUGCUAGCUCUGCCACCUACCCCCUGGCCGUCGCGGCAAUCACAGGCUCGACGUGCACCAUCCCCAACAUUGGUUCUGCAUCCCUCCAAGGUGAUGCUUCUUUUGCUGUCAGCGUUCUUCAGCCGAUGGGCUGCGCCGUUACCCAGACGGAAACGUCGACAACAGUGACAGGCCCGCCGAUUGGUUCGCUUAAAGCCAUCGCUCAUGUUGAUAUGGAACCAAUGACAGAUGCCUUUUUGACGGCCGCCGUCCUAGCGGCUGUGGCGAGCGGGACAACUCGCAUUACUGGCAUCGCCAACCAGCGGGUUAAGGAGUGUAAUCGGAUCUUGGCCAUGUACGACGAGCUGGCAAAAUUUGGAGUCAGCUGCAAUGAGCUGGAGGACGGGAUAGAAGUAACGGGCCGACUCUUCGAAGACCUUACUAACCCAGAAGAAGGCGUUUAUUGCUACGAUGACCACCGAGUCGCUAUGAGCUUUAGCGUUCUGUCCACCGUUGUACCCCGGCCUGUCCUAAUUUUGGAACGCGAAUGCGUUGGCAAAACGUGGCCUGGGUGGUGGGACGUACUUUCACAGUCCUUCAGUAUCAAGUUGAGUGGAGAAGAGCCUGUCGUGUCACAGUCCAAUACCCACACAGCACCUGCUCCGUCUAUUACGAACAAGUCUAUCUUCAUCAUUGGUAUGAGGGGUGCAGGGAAAACUACGGCUGGAUACUGGGCCUCAGCAAUCCUCGGCUGGCCGUUCAUUGACCUGGACGCUGAGUUGGAGCGGAAACACGGAAUGACCAUCCCAGAGAUGAUCCGCGGCGAACUUGGCUGGGAAGGAUUUCGCAGGGCAGAGCUGGAGCUGCUCGCCGGUAUGAUAAACACUAAGCCUACCGGCCAUGUCUUUUCAUGUGGAGGUGGAAUCGUUGAGACACCCGAAGCCCGGCACUUCUUGAUUGCCUAUCAUCAGAGUGGAGGAAUUGUUCUGCUUGUUCAUCGCGAUACCGAGCAGGUCCUUGCUUACCUCAUGAAGGACAAGACACGUCCCGCAUACUCCGAGGAUAUCCGAGGCGUGUAUUUGCGCCGCAAAGACUGGUUUGAGGAAUGCAGCAGCCAUCACUACCACAGUCCACACUCAGACAAGACAGACACCCGUGGGGAAUCUCCCUCAGAUUUCGUCCAGAUGCUUCAACUGAUCACCGGGCGAUGCUCUCAUCUGGAAGAGGUCAAGAGAAAAAAGACCUCCUUUUUCGUGUCACUUACUGUCCCAAAUGUUGCAAAGGCGAUUGAUAUCAUACCUCAGGCUAUUAUCGGCUCCGAUGCCGUGGAGCUACGCGUCGAUCUGCUCGAAGACCAGUCCUUUGAUUUUGUCCGGAGCCAGGUUUCACUACUCCGCUCUGCAGCCAAUGUGCCUGUUAUUUUCACCGUUAGGACCGCGAGCCAAGGUGGCCGGUUCCCAGAUGGAGAUGUCGAUCAUGCUUUGGCACUGUACCGUGCAGCAAUCCGGAUGGGCGUGGAGUACAUUGAUCUCGAAAUGACCAUGCCUGACCGUGUCAUCCAAGCCGUGACAAAAGAGAAAGGUCAAUCACUUAUCAUCGCGUCGCAUCAUGACCCGAAAAACAAGCUCUCGUGGAAGAACGGAGGAUGGAUUCCGCACUUCAACAAAGCCUUGCAACAUGGUGAUAUUAUCAAGCUCAUAGGUGUUGCGCACGGGGUCGAAGACAACUUUGACGUUGCAGCAUUCAAGUCCCGAAUGCUCGCUGCUCAUCAGAAGCCGAUUAUCGCUUUAAAUAUGGGCGGACCGGGCAAACUGAGCAGAGUGCUGAACGGUUUUCUCACACCGGUUGCGCACCCUGCACUGCCAUUUGCAGCCGCUCCGGGCCAGCUCUCUGCCCGAGAAAUUCGGCAGGCCCGCUCCCUUAUUGGUCUUCUCGAUCCUCUUCGAUUCGUCCUUUUUGGAAAGCCAAUUUCCAAGUCACGCUCACCGGCACUCCACAAUGCACUUUUUGACAAAGUGGGACUACCUCACCAAUACACCCUGAUAGAGACUGCUAGCGUGGACGACGUACGGGAAACUGUUCGAACCCCUGAUUUCGGCGGUGCGUCCGUGACCAUCCCCUUGAAGCUGGACGUCAUGAAGUUAGUCGACGAAGUUUCUGAAGCAGCGAAGAUCAUCGGCGCUGUGAACACGAUCAUCCCCAUCCGUUCUGUUGCGGGUGAUAAACAAGCGGCCACCCGUCUUCUCGGUGAUAACACCGAUUGGUUGGGCAUGAUCCACGCGCUACGUGGUGCUGGUGUCGAAAGACACUCCUCGACAAACCCACCUGCUGGCCUCGUCGUCGGUUCUGGCGGCACAACCCGUGCUGCCAUCUAUGCCCUCCAUGCCAUGGGUUAUGGACCGAUCUACGUGGCUGCUCGCAGUCUUGAGAACGGAAAGCAGCUCAUAUCGUCCUUCCCAGUCGGUUAUAAUGUGCAGCUGCUCGGCCCGAAGCCGCUUGGCGUCGACGCUGACGGGGCUAACUUGCCUUCUGUUAUAAUCACGACUGUACCUGCGGAUAAAUCGUUGGACCCGACCGUGCUCCAUCUGGUAACAACAAUUUUAGAGCGCUCUAGAUCGGUUGAGGGUUUCCGCCUUUGGACCGGGAUAAAUCCGUCGUACGAUGAUGCGCGUGCUGCAGUAAUGGAUGACUCGCCGGCAUAG